UCCUAAUUCUUGGUUGUGGCGAGGAAGGAUGAGUGUAUUGGCUUUAAACUCGACAAGUUCAGUUUUCCUUGCAGAGUCUAUUUCCCAACUGUCUGACUAACUGUUAUCGACUCGUGUCGCUCGGUCUGCGCUAGUACUUGGCUAUUCCCACAACGCAUGGGCUUCGCCAUUGUUCUGUGGACUUGUUCAGAGAAUGCACAGGCCUAGCCCCCAGGAUGGACCGAACGGCGCUGUUGUUCGAUGUUCAGUAUAGCUGUUGCCGUUGCCGUUGCCGUGGCUAUAGCUUCGAAUAUGGCUGCGAGAGAGAACAUCUCUUCGGAGAUACGUCUAGCCAUUAAUAGGAAAGUCGGCGUCUCUCGACAUCAUCAAUGCCGCUCAACCAUUGCCUGUCUUGCCUCACCACAUCCGACAUCACAUCCGAAAACCCAGCUGGUACGGCGCCAGAACGCCCAAGACCGACCCGACAUGUUCACCUUUGCGGAACAGCAUGCCGCCCGUCGCUGUAAGUACUGCAGAUAAUAGUCGCAGAAAUCGUUAUACUGGAAAAAAAAAAA